AUCUAAGAGGUUUUGAGAAAGAGAGAAAGAGAGAGAGAGAGAGAGGGAAAAAAACUGUUUCCUGGCUGGCCGAACUUAGAAAAUUCCUCCCCUUACGGGCUACUGAUUUCCGAAAGAAGAAGUUCCCUUUGGCGCCUCAUUUGCGCACCGGCUCCCGUUUGCUUAGUUCCGACUGCUUGGUUUGGAGGUUCUCUUCACCGGGGGGAUAACUCUGUCAACAGUUGCGUUAUUGCCAGCCCUCGGCGUGCAUGGUGACAUGCGGAGCCUACUGCAACCGCGUGCUUGCUGGAUUCUCUCCGUCUUUUUGUCAGCCUCCCCGCUCCUCUGCGCCGACUGCCAUCCCGCACCUUCUGGAGGAGACCAGGUGGAGCAGCAUGGCAGAGUGAGUGGAGACAGGCACCGCAGAGCCACGGAGGAGAACUAUUGGGCAUACUCAGGGGCGUACGGACCAGAGACAGGAUGGACAUCGGCCUAUCCGGAGUGCCAGGAGAGGAACCAAUCACCGAUCAAUAUAGCUGACCAGGACACCAAGGUCUCAAUGGAGUACCAGGAACUCACUCUGGAUGGCUUUGAGACAGAAUCUUCCAAUAAGACAUCAAUGAAGAAUACAGGCAAAACUGUGGCCAUCCUACUGAAGGACGACUACUUUGUGCGGGGCGCAGGCCUGCCGGGUCGGUUCAAGGCUGAGAAGGUUGAGUUCCACUGGGGCCAGAGCAACGGCUCAGAAGGUUCGGAGCACAGCAUCAACGGCAGGAGGUUCCCCGUGGAGAUGCAGAUCUACAUGUAUAACUCAGAUGACUUUGACAGUCUUAAUGCAGCCAUCAAGGAGAAGCGUGUUAUCGCUGCCAUGGCAGUCUUCUUCCAGGUCGGGCAGAAUGGUAACCCUGCGGUGGACCCUAUAAUCCACGGUCUGAGAGGAGUUGUGCAUCACGAGAAAGAGACAUUCCUGGAGCCCUUUGUGUUGCGGGACCUCCUGCCGUCGUCCAUCGGGAGCUACUACCGCUAUGUGGGCUCGCUCACCACGCCCCCUUGUAGCAAGGUGGUGGAGUGGAUCGUGUUCAGCCGGCCCGUCUUCAUCUCCUACAAGCAGCUGGAGGCGUUUUACUCCAUCUUCACCACGGAGCAGCAGGACCAUGUGAAGUCGGUGGAGUACCUGCGGAAUAACUUUCGUCCCCUGCAGAGUCUGGAUAACCGGGACAUCUUUAAGUCGGCUGUGAAAGACGCCUGGCUGCCCUAUCUGUCUGACCCAUACAGCACGGAGACAUCCAAAGUGUGCAGUAGUGCUCCUAUAAACAUGAAAGUACAGCCUCUGAACAGAACUGCGCUGGUGGUCCGAUGGUCCCGUCCCGAGGUCACGUAUGAUCCGCCGAUCAUCAGCUACUCCAUCUCCUACAGCUGGACCAGAAACGAGGAGGCCUACGAGGAGACAUACGUCAAACCCAGCGACCAGAAACUAGAAGCUGUUAUCAAGCCAGUCUCACCAGAUGUGCUGUAUCUCUUCAGAGUCCAGGCGGUGUGUCUGAAUGACAAACGUAGUGACUUUAGCCAAAGCAUGCUGUUCAGAGCAAACACCACCAGAAUUUUUGAAGGCACAAGAAUAGUGAAAACAGGAAUGCCAACUGUCUCUCCUGCCUCCUCUGCUGACAUGGCUCCCAUCAGCUCUGGCUCCUCCACCUGGACCUCCUCAGGCCUGCCGUUCUCCUUCGUAUCCAUGGCGACAGGCAUCGGCCCCUCAUCCAGCGGUAGCCAGGCGACGGUGGCUUCUGUGGUGACCAGCACACUUCUGGCGGGCCUGGGCUUCAGUGGCGGUGUAAUCUCUUCCUUCCCGAGCUCCGUGUGGCCCACGCGGCAAACCCCGCCCACGGCCCGCCAGGCUCCUCCCACCUCCGCCCCUGCCACCGGCCGGCAGGCGCCUGCCAACCCCGUCACGCCCCCCCCCGAACCGGGCCCCUCUGCCGCCUCUGACCCCGACCACGCCCCCAACGCCGAGGGCGAGGGCUCGGACGACGGCGGCGAGCGGAGCGGCAAGGGCGGGGGCGAGGAGGGCGAACGGGACGGCGAGGAAGAGGAGGACGAAGAAGAGGAGACGGGGGCGGAGGGGAAGACGAAGGCCGGCCCAGACGAGACGGAGGCGCGGGCCAACACCUCGGCGGCCGACAGUCCGCCCGCCGCCACGCCGGAUUCCACAGCGAAGGAGAAACGAGGGAGAGGGAGCACGACGCCGUCUAGCGUUCCGGAGAAGAGGCACACGGAGAGCGAGAGGAGGGCACACAGCACAGCGGCCCCUACGGUGAAGCCGAAGAGCGCAGAGAAUGACAGCGCGGUACUGCAAGCCCCGCACGGCCCCGCGCAGGGCGGCAAAUCCGGCGGGGGAGACAGGAGUCAGUGGCCCUUCUCCAUCCAUACAGAGCGGACCGUGAUCUCCAGCAUGCGGCCCUUCUCCCCGGCGACAGGCAGGAUGGAGUGGCUCAUCCCACUGGUGGUGGUGUCAGCUCUCACCUUCCUGUGUCUCCUCCUGUUACUGGCAGUCCUGGUCUACUGGAGGAGGUGUUUCCAGACUGCACAUUUCUAUGUGGAGGACAGCAGCUCUCCUCGAGUGGUGCCCAAUGAGACCAUACCAGUCAUCCCCAUCCCAGAUGGCAUGGAGGCUCUCCCUGUCAAGCAGAUUGUGAAGCACAUAGCAGACCUGUAUGGCAACAAUCAACAUGGGUUCUCUGAAGAAUUUGAGGAAGUGCAACGUUGCACAGGGGAUAUGAAGAUCACAUCAGAACACUCAAAUCAUCCAGACAACAAGCACAAGAACAGAUAUAUUAACAUUGUGGCAUAUGACCACAGUCGGGUGAAACUAAGACCACUGGCUGGCAAGGACUCCAAACACAGCGACUACAUCAACGCUAACUACGUGGAUGGCUACAACAAGCCCAAAGCGUACCUGGCCGCACAGGGCCCCCUUAAGGCCACGUUUGAGGACUUCUGGAGGAUGGUGUGGGAGCAGAACACUGGUGUCAUCGUGAUGAUCACCAACCUGGUGGAGAAAGGCCGGAGGAAGUGUGACCAGUACUGGCCGAUUGAGAACAGUGAGGAGUAUGGCAGCAUCGUGGUGACCCUGAACAGCAGCAAAGUGCAGGCCUGCUACACACUCCGCCGCUUCACGCUCCGCAACACCAAGGUCAAAAAGGGUCAGAAGGGCAGUGUAAAGGGGCGUCAGAGUGAGAGGACUGUGAUGCAGUAUCACUACACACAAUGGCCUGAUAUGGGCGUUCCUGAGUACACAUUACCCGUCCUGACCUUCGUCAGAAAGUCUUCGGAUGCACAGACACCGGAGAUGGGCCCCAUGCUCGUCCACUGCAGUGCCGGUGUGGGCAGGACAGGAACGUAUAUUGUGAUUGACAGCAUGCUGCAGCAGAUUAAAGACAAGGGCUCUGUCAACGUGCUGGGUUUUCUGAAACACAUACGCACGCAAAGGAAUUACCUGGUUCAAACCGAGGAACAGUAUGUUUUUAUCCACGAUGCCUUGCUGGAGGCCAUCCUGGGGAAGGAGAUGGAGGUGUUGUCCAGCCAGUUGCACAGCUACGUCAACACCAUCCUCACCCCGGGGGCCAGCGGCAAGACCAGGCUGGAGAAGCAGUUCAAGCUGGUGACUCAGUGUAACGCCAGGUCUGCUGAGUGCUUCAGCGCACAGAAAGACUGUAACAAGGAAAAGAACCGCAACUCCUCUGUAGUACCAUCGGAGAGAGCACGUGUGGGAUUGGCUCCCUUACCUGGGAUGAAAGGCACCGAUUACAUCAACGCGUCUUACAUCAUGGGCUACUACCGCAGCAAUGAGUUCAUCAUUACCCAGCAUCCCUUGCCCCACACCACUAAAGACUUCUGGAGGAUGAUCUGGGACCACAACGCUCAAAUCAUCGUCAUGCUUCCAGAUAACCAGGGCCUGGCUGAGGAUGAGUUUGUGUACUGGCCAAGUCGAGAGGAAGCCAUGAACUGUGAGGCCUUUACUGUCACGCUUAUUAGCAAAGACAGACUUUGCCUGUCCAACGAGGAACAGAUCAUCAUCCAUGACUUUAUCCUGGAGGCCACGCAGGAUGACUAUGUCUUGGAGGUGCGUCAUUUCCAAUGUCCGAAAUGGCCCAACCCUGAUGCUCCGAUCAGUAGCACCUUCGAACUCAUCAACAUCAUCAAAGAAGAAGCCAUGACCCGUGACGGCCCCACCAUAGUGCACGACGAGUACGGUGCGGUAUCUGCAGGUAUGUUCUGUGCCCUCACCACUCUGAGUCAGCAGCUGGAGAAUGAGAAUGCUGUCGGUGUGUAUCAGGUGGCCAAAAUGAUCAACCUCACGAGACCCGGCGUCUUCACUGACAUCGAGCAGUACCAGUAUCUGUACAAGGCUAUGCUGAGUCUGGUGAACACUAAGGAAAAUGGAGCCAGCCCCGUCUUGCUGGACAGGAACGGCAGCAUGUCCCUGUCUGAGGAGUCAGACCCCGCCGAGAGCAUGGAGUCCCUCGUUUGAGGAUCCAAGGCAGACGAAACGAGGCACUUAACCUGCUUUGUAAAACUUCAAGGACUAAGAGACUUUUUCUGAGGCCUUUUUUGCCAGAACUCUUGGUUAAACGAAUAACCUGAUUACUUUUUUACACUGAUAAAAAGUUUUUGAUAUUUAUUUUUUUUCCCGCCAUUUUAUGUCUUAAUGUCCUACUGAACAUUUGCACCUAUGAUUUUGAGUUCAUGACAACAGAACAAAAUACACUUCUGUCUAGUUUGCACUAUGAAAAUAUCAGUGUUACUGCCUGUUUCGGUCUUACUCUCUCUAUCUAUCUCUCUCUCUCUCUCUCUCUCUUUCUGUCUGUCUUUCCUUCACUACACCCAUGCUUUGACAUUCCACUGUAAGGCUAAAUUCAUCAGCAGCAGGAAUAAUUGCAAAACGAUGAAGGGUAAUAACUCCUCCAGCCUCAUAGUUCAUCACGUACCCAAAAUCUAAAUUCCUUAAGCUCACAAACAGCAGGUCAUUAGCAUGUGAAGUCUACAAGCAAUAUGGAUUCGUGUGCUUAUUUCUGAGUUCUACGUCCCAAAAAUUUCAUUAUGCAUUUAGCCUGUUUGACUCAUAUUUCUCUUUCUACAGGUGAUAUUAAAACAGCUACUGUGAACUGUUGUUAUUAUUAUUAUUAUUAUUAUUAUUAUUAUUCACAUUAUGCUUUUAAUAUAUAUGAAUACAUCGUAUCUCAUUAUAACUUGUGGUUUUGUAAAUGUAAACCGUCACAAGCAACUGGUCCCUUGUAGACUUGGUUGAGUAAUUCUCACUUGCCAGGAGCAGCCGUUGCUCUCUCUAGCGCCCCCUGCUGGGAUUGAUU